UUUACAAAGGUCUAGGGUGACAUCUGGUGUACUGACUGUGACCAGCCUUAAAUCUCAUUAUUGCCAUUUGGAACGUGCGGCUGAAAACAAGAUCUAAAAAGGCUUUUCCGAUUAAUUCACAGCUUAUUCUGUCUCUUGUUUCAGAGGGAAAAGAAGCUGAUUUAGUAAUUGAAAUGGAUGCAAUACUAAAUUACAGUUCAGAAGACACUGAAGAUUUCUACAUGCUGCUGGGAUGUGAUGAACUGUCUUCGGUUGAACAAAUUAUGGCAGAAUUUAAAGUCAGAGCCUUGGAAUGUCACCCUGACAAGCAUCCUGAAAACUCCAAAGCUGUGGAGACUUUUCAGAAACUGCAGAAGGCAAAGGAUGUUCUGACAAAUACGGAGAGUCGUGCCCGUUAUGACCACUGGCGCAGGAGCCAGAUGUCGAUGCCAUUCCAGCAGUGGGAAGCUUUGAGUGACUCGGUGAAAACGUCAAUGCACUGGGCUGUCAGAGGUAAAAAAGAUCUGAUGCUGGAAGAAUCUGACCAGCCUCAUACUGACAAGAUUGAAAAUGAGGAAUGGAACAAGCAAAGAGAAAUAAAGAAAGAGGAACUGGGUUCAACCACAGAGAAAAUGGAGCAAAAAGAAUCCCAGUCCUUGGAGAAGUCAUUCUGGCCACAAAAUCCCGAUUCUCCAAGUUUUUCAGAUGGGAACUCUUGGCACCUUCGUUUCCGCUGGUCUGGGGAUGCUCCAUCAGAACUCCUGAGGAAAUUCAGAAACUACGAAAUAUGAAAAGUUCCUGCUCAAUUGGAGAAAGAGAAAGCAAGACCAUUUCCUGUGUUGCCAACAAGGCUUUGUUUAAAUCUUAUAAAUGUUACGUUUCUCUGUCAUUUUUGUGAAUCGCUCAGUACUGAUUGGUUCCUCCAUCCUUUAAACCCAUUCAAUCACAAUGUGUUUUUUAAAUGAGAAAAGCUUCAGACUAGUUUCUUUCAAUAUUUGAAUACAUUAAAGCUCUUAGAUCCAAAGUUAGCUUGUAUGGUGUGUAUUUUCCUGUUAAUGUUUCUUGUAGAACUCUGUUUUAAAAAGCUAUCUCUGUAUUUAAAUAAUUCAUUGAUAUACCAUAAUCUCUCUUAGUGCUGGUUGUAUAAGAAAUGUUUUCUGACUCUUGACUUAAAAUGAAAUGUGAAAUUACUUGUCUAAACCCCAUAGAGUGAAAUAAAUCACUUCCCAAAAUUCACAA